AAGUAGGUAAUAAAGAGCUUGCAUGUGAGUGACCACGAUAAGGACGUCUGCUCGAUAGACAGGACCAGCGGCGCACGUGACGACGCGCGCAUGAUCACUGUGGACAAGGGCUCGACCUCCUCUGGUGGCUCUAGAUAAGCCAUUCCCAGGCAAAAUGCACCUGGAGCACUGGCGAAAAAUACAGUAUUAUUGCCUGGAAAACUCACCUUGCAACUGCACUUUCAAGUCCACCAAAUCGGCCCCGACUCCUCUUCCUUGUCUCCCAGCGAGCUCCUAUUGUGGGUCGUUUGUCAUGCUUAAUUUACACUCAGCCCUUCUCCCUUGGCUGCUUUCGCCGUGUACUCUUUACCUCUUGUUCGUUGUGUCUUCAAUUUUUCUUCCAUUCUUUGAUCUUUUUUUUCUGGCAUUUUUGGUCUUUUUCUCCCAAUGCAACUUUCAAUCUCAUCAAAGCAUGGCGCGAGCCUUCCGCCUUACCACCUGUAAAAUCACAAUUAAAUUGCUCAUGUGCCGCGCCCGCGUUUCGGGCCGAGGCAUCUUCUCGAACUGCCGGAUUUUGCCUGAUGCGGCAGAUCUUUGACCCUCUAACCAUAACAGAAUGCCUCAUCAUUACCAAUUUGAUGUCACAAUGACUUGCGCCGGGUGCUCCAAUGCUGUGCUGAAGGCAUUGGGCAGAUUGCAGGGCGUCACUGAGUCGAAAGUCGAUUUGGC